CAGCGACAAGGAAUAACAUCGUACUGACCAACAUGAACUUCGCGCCGUACCAAGACGAAUCUCCCGAAGUCGAAAGAGCUCUCUCGCCUCCACCCCCGUUCGCAGCAGACCCAGCACAUCGCACGAAGUCACCGUCACAGAGCCAGUUCAAUAAUAAUAAUAGUAACAAUUUCAAUAAACCACCGCAAAGACAAACUCCGCCGCCGUACCAAGCAUCUCCGGCUUCGCACUUUUACAAUCCUUCAAACGGUGGAUACGGAUAUCAAGAAACUUCUUCGUCAUGGACGGCAGAUCCUGAGAGUCAGCAACAACAGCGUAGCAGUGGCGGAUAUGGUGGCGCAAGAGUAGAUCUCGAUGCCUUUGAGACGAGUUUACCAUUGAGAGUGGAUUAUGAGGCUAUGCUUGCUUACUUGUUGCUCCCGCCGGCGGGGGGUGUGUUUUUGUUGUUGUUUGAGCAUAAGAGCGAUUAUGUUCGAUUCCACGCAUGGCAAUCAAGCAUGCUCUUCAGUGCUAUUUUUGUCCUACAUCUCUUAUUCUCCUGGUCAAGCUUUAUUUCCUGGCUGAUGUUCGUCGGGGAUAUCUUAUUAAUGGCCUUUUUAAGUCUACACGCUUAUCAGGAUGUUGACUCCCUCGAUCAUUAUGAGGUACCCAUCUUCGGACGACUAGCGAAUUCAUUUGUGGACGAUGAGUGACAGAAUCUUUGACAAAAAAUCUGCUUAG